UGGGUUGAAUACGAUAAACUUUAUAAGCUAAAUAACAUAAACAUGUUUUAAUGUCUUGUUUUUUCCGUUUUGUGACGGCUUUUGGUUGGGGAGUAACCAUUGUCGUUGAACCAACAUGGACGAAUCGAGGCAGACACUCUAUGUAAAAACAGUCGGAGGUGAUUAUACUCUUCGUGGAAGGCCAUGGGAAAUAUCAGCCUUUUCUUUUGUCCCUACAGAACGAAAUGAGCCACCAGAACGUACAGUUUUCAACUCUUCAAAAAAGGAACAAAAAGCCAAUGACACCUAUAACCGAUUGUUUCGCAACCAAGAAGGCUACAACAACAAACUACAUCGUGAUGAUCGUGAACACGCAAAAUUGCGAGGACUUUGUGUGAAUGAUGAGGAAAAGGUAAAACCUGUACCUACCUUGGCAUCAUCUGUCUAUGGACAUCAGAAAAAUAUUUCUGACCCACCCGAUCGCAAGCAUGUCAGGAUUGGCUAUGUGAAAGCAGAGUUUUACCGUCGCAAUGGCAUUCCAUGAAAACAUCAGGAUUACAUAUUCACAAUGGUGUUACAAUUAAAUACAGACUACUCCGACUGAAUUCAACGUUAUAGACCAUACUAAAGACAUUGCUAAUAGUGUGUUAAAAAUGUUUGGUAUAAUGCAAUAUUAUGAAUCACUUUUAUGUUUAAUGUUUGUGCACAUUUGCAGAUAUUUGUCAUAUAUUUAAUGCACAUUUAGAUCCCAAUACCUUAAAGAUUUCUAAGACGAAAUACUGAUAAAAAUGUAAAUUUCAUAUAUCAUGGCAAUCAAUAUGUUUAUAGAGAUUAAAAAAAAAAUUAGAGCAGAAACUGGAUGGAUAUGAAAAUGUUAUAAAGACUCAAAAUUUCACCUUUGAUGAAGUUUUGUUUUAUGUCAAAAGCAUUUAUAAUCCAGUUUUGACAAAAAAGUAAACUGGUAGUCAGAAAACCUGGAAACUUUGUUAGGUUUUAAAAGGAGAAAAAUUGAAAAUGUUUGAUAAAGGAAGCAUCUAAAGUCUGAUCUUCUAUUUCCCCAGCAAGUCUUUUAUCUUCUUGUGAUUGCUGUUUUCUGCUUUUAUGUCCACAGCAUGCAAAAUUCUGUGUUUGAUGGCCAAUACCUUUGUUUCUUUAUGGCUGCUCCAUAGUUCAUAAUUUUCUACUUUAACAAUGACUGCAGAGGAAACAGUAAUGAAUAAUCCCUGUGAAGAAAUGCUUGGUGGAAGUUGUGGAUAACUGAGCGACACUAAAAAGUAUGGCAUGUACUGUGGAACAUGCUGCCAUUCUCAGUUUAAAUCAUUCAGCCCGUUUCAAAUUUCAAGACUUUCUUGUUUCAGAAAAACCUGAAAUCCCAUUCUUUCUGUGGUCCCAUGUUGUCAAUGGCGGCGUAUUCCAUAUUCAUAGCCUGGUAAUGUGAAACAGAGGCUAGCCAUGUGUUGGGAUUCUAUGCUAUAUAAGCAACCUGAUUAUUGUUAAAUAGUAUUGUUUGCAGCUUCUGAUGACCAGGUUGUUGAAGCUGUUGCCAGCACACAUUUUGUCAUAAGUAUUCAUAUUUAUCAAUGUAUUAUGCAGAAUUCAAGUAUGUUUUUACUGUUUGAACUUGAUGGAUUGUGGUGUUGACAUCCUCAGUAGACUUGUCAAUAAACCAGAUAUAAAGUUA